AUGGAGUUUAAACAUUUUCAUUUUUCAUUGCAUCUAAUCCUUCCACCAUCACACUACUUUCUCCGUCGUUCUCACUCAAUUUGUUGGCUUCCAAAAAGAAACUUCUCCGUUUUCAAUAUCUGGUUCGCUGUGGAAGAUGGCCCGACCGUUAGAAAAAAUAGCCGACAUAAAAAAAAGGAACUGUGGAAGGUUGUUGUGAGGAUACACCACAAAUGGUCUAUUGUUUCCAACAACAAACAGCAGAUGGAGUUGAUAGUGGUCGUUUCACAAGGUGAUGAUAUUCACGUUGUUGUUCCAACAAUGCUGGUGGAUAUUUUCAGUGACAAACUAAUUGUAGGCCACACCUACACGAUAUCAAACUUCAAGAUUCAUGCGAAUGAUAUUGUAUUCAAACCCUCAAGCCACAGGUAUAUGGUGAAGUUCAUCGGAGGGACGUCUGUUAAUGACGUGGACAAACAUGAAAUCCCAGCAAAAUCGGCUAAUUUCACAAGUUUUUCAGACAUCAUGACUGGCCAGUAUAGAAAGGAUUUGUUGUUAGGUGAGCCUUGA